GCCUGAGCUAAGAUUGCAUUUGCCGCUCAAGCGCCAUGUCGUCGUCGGAUGAUGAAGCUCCGGAGCAGGUCUCCAUGGCCAUGGCCAAGACCCAGGCCAUCGAGUCCCGUGCAUCUGAAAAGCAAGCACGCGCCUCGGCCAAGGCCACCGCGGCGCUCAAGCGCAAGCGUCAGCCCAAGAAGAAGGAGGAGACCGUGAUUGAAGCCUUGCCCGACGACAUCCUCGCUGCUGUCGCCGCUGCGCAAGACGAGCCCAAUGUCGACGCGGACGGAAAGCAGGAAGAGGAAGCGGUCGUACAACCCAAGAAGUCCAAAAAGACCAAGAAGAACUCGCACACCCGCCGCUUUGGCAACAUCGAAGUUACGACGGUCGCGAGUCUCGAAGAAGAAGCAGCACCCGUGUCCGACUCGAUCGCCAAGUUCAUUGAGCUCCGCUCGGCGCCCCACCGCGAGCGUGCGAACUACAACAAGGCGCUCCUCAAGCCCGUUGUGAACAGCCGAACGAUGAAGGCCAAGGCUAAGAUUUAAAGCGACGUAGAUGCAACGUGGAUACGUCCAGGCACGGCAAAUUAUAUACAAACUCUUUUUUCAUCGUC